GUGAAAUUGUCACAUAUACAUAUGUUAAAUAAUUACUAAACCAUAAUGAAGAAUCCACCAGCUAAUCUUAAGAAAACCCCUUCCACUGUGGGCAACGCUGGUUCCCAAAAAGCGAAAAGAAAUUUGAAAAAAGAGGAAACUUCAGAUGACUUGGAGGAAUGGAAAAAGGCUAAGCAGCUAUUGAAGCCAAAGGAUCAGUUAGAACUAACAGAUGCAGAGCUAAAGGAAAUAAUUCCUAAACAACUUACCUCAACCAAUCCUCAAAUUCCAGAAGGUCUCAUAGAAUGGAGCUACUUACAGGCAGCAUUUGUACAGCUGCCAUCUCCAGGCAAUAUGGUCACAGUAUUUUCUCAAGAAGGUACCUUGCUCCACAAGGAGUCAGAAGAGGCUCGGCAGCAAAUGGUUGAAAUGGGAAUUGAUCCAUCUGAAUUCUUCUCUUCUGAGGUCACAUUAAUACCAGAAGCUACACCGGAACCAUCCAUACAUGAACAAGAGCCGGAACCGGAGGCUACAGAAGAAGAGGCAGCUAAAGAAGAAGACGCCGAAUCCAGAGUUACUGUCAUGGAAGAGGAAGAAGAAAAGGGUCCGGAGCCAGAGAAACAAGAAGAACCUGAAGAGGCCGAUGAAGAUGAAGGGGAAAUAGCUAUUGAAAAGAAAGCCCCGCCAAAAACCGGGGGAAAACCCAGGAAACUCACUAACCAAUUCAAUUUUUGUGAAAGAGCUGCAUUGACUUAUAACAAUCCUACCAGGUCUCAAGAAACUCAAACCACACCACCCCCCAUGGCAUCGUUUUCUGCAAAUGUGCUCCAAUGGGUAAUCUACGACGCGUACCAAGCAGACUACGCAGUACAGGAGCAAGAAAGAGAACGAGAACGAAGAGAAAAAAUGGGUCUACCACCGAAAAUCCACGUAAAGAAAACUCCUCAACAGCUUACAGAUGAAAUGCAAGGUAGAUUGUUCGAAGCAACGAAGGUGCUUGAGAGGAUGAUCAAUCAGAAUACGUACAACGAAAUGGCUAAAGAUUACAAAUACUGGGAAGAUCCGUCUGACGAAUACCGCGAAGAAGAAGGAACUCUGCUUCCUCUAUGGAAAUUUACUUACAAUAAAACGGUUAAACACACUGUUACAGACUUAGAAUGGAACCCGUACUAUUAUGACUUAUUUGCAGUUUGUUUUGGAUAUUUGGAUUACACGAAACCCAUAGCAGAUGGUUGCUUAUGCCUCUUUACCAUCAAGAAUCCGUCUUUUCCGGACUACAUUUGUAUGACAGAAUCUGCCGUAAUGUGUGUUGAUAUUCACGCUAAGUACCCGUACAUGGUAGUUAUUGGACUGUAUGAUGGCAGCGUUCAAGUGUUCAAUGUACAAGCCACGUGUAAAGAACCAGCGUAUAAAAGCAAUAGCGUAACUAAUAAACAUAGAGGUAUAGUAUGGGAGGUAAAAUGGGCACCUGAUUUACCUGAUGGAGAACUCAACUUCUUCUCAGUGGCAGGAGAUGGAAAAAUAAAUAAUUGGGUACUAAUGCAGAAUGACCUAUCGGUUACUACUAUAACAACAUUAUAUUUAGACCAAGCUCCGGUACCUGGACCUGAUGGAACGAUGCUUAAAGUUAAAGCAUGUGCCAGUUGCGUGAAAAUUCAUCCCAACAAGCCACAAAUAUAUCUAGUAGGAACCGAAGAAGGACUAAUCUUCAAAUGUAGCGUGGCGUAUAGUUCGAUGUACCUCUUGACAUACAAGGCGCACCAACUACCAGUUUACAGGAUAGACUUUAAUAGAUAUAAUACGGAUAUCUUUAUAUCUUGCAGUUCGGAUUGGAGGGUAAAAGUAUGGGAAGAUAAUAGACUAGAACCUCUAUUUGUCUUCGACGUAGGCGACAGAGUAGGAGAUGUGAAAUGGGCACCUUAUUCUUCUACAGUUUUUGCAUGCGUCACAUCCGAAGGAAAGGUUUGUGUCUAUGAUUUAAAUGUCAACAAAUACAAACCUAUUUGUGUACAAGCAAUCGUUUCAAAGAAGAAAAACAAAAUUACGAGACUUUCUUUCAACUACAAAUCUCCAAUAAUUGUGAUAGGUGAUGACAAAGGAUGUGUAACCACAGUAAAACUGUCGCCAAAUCUGAGAAUACCAUGCAAAGCACCGAAAAAACAACAGCAUCUAGAUCAAUGGACUCUACAAUGUAUGAAACUAGACAGAUUGUUGUCGCUUGUACGAGAACCUGUGACUUUAACUAUACCACCCGACACGGCAGGAUCAGAAGAACAGUAGUAGAUGUAACUUUUAGCUAAAUAUAUUAAAUAUAAAAUAAAUAUUUUUUUAA